AUGCGCGCUGCUCUGGCCGCAGGGUUCUCUCCCAACGAACUAGACCGCCGCCCCCGUGCUGAAGGUCGCGCACUAGACUGGGCGAUCUGCGAUGGUCGUUCUGUCAAUUACGCUGUGCUCAAGCAAAAUCUUCCUGUUGUUGAACUACUGCUCGAAGCCGGCGCCGACCCAAGGCUUCCUUCGAGGGGUGGCUCCUCGCCGAUUGAUUCUUUAGAGGCCUGGUUCAAGCAGUAUGAGAUUCAUGGGGAGACGUGGGCAGAGGAGGAUUUGGAGCUGAAGCCGUUCUUUGAAAAGGCAUUGGAAGCCAUGAAGAGGACGAGAGAUGAGCUCAAUGGUGAGUUUUGCACUGAUGCCCUGUUGUCGGCUCAUUAUUUGUUCGCUAACUCAAGGUGUGAAUAG